AUGUAUACAGCACAGCGGAGUAUAAUCGCCGCUGGUCCUGGGCGGGCGGUGGAGACACUAAACUCAACUCAACGCGGGAGGGUCGCGGUAAGGCCUAGCGGCGGUAUUGCGGUGGCCGUUCGCACGGCCGGUGUCUCGGGGACUGGCGAGUGGUGCGCGCUCCGCACAGAGCCCGGUGCAGCGCCCGAGCGCACCCCGCAGGCCGCGCACCCCUCCGACGCCCGCGCAAAUUCGCCCUCCAGAUGA